CUAUGAUUGCUCUAAAAUUGUUUCAAUUUCGUUUUGAUUAAUCAGAAUUACGUUUGUAUUGAUCAAGUUGGAUUUUCACAUUGACCCUAAAGAACAAAAGGGGUGUUAGAGAUAUAAUACAUUGGCUCCAAAAUUUGUUUUUUUUUUUUUUUUGGUAAUUUCAUUAUUUAUUCUGAAAUUCUAGCAGAGAUCAGUCUGUUUUGAGAAGUGAAAGUUUGGUUGAUGAUUGUGGGCUGCAGGCAGACCAAUGAGUUCUGGUAAAAAAGCAUUAAAAGAUUUACUACAGCAGAGUGAUAAUCGUAAUUGUGCUGAUUGUGGUGCACCCGACCCUAAAUGGGCGUCACCUACCAUUGGAGUGUUUAUAUGCUUGAAAUGUUGUAGUGUGCACAGAAGUCUAGGUCCAAAUGUUUCAAAGGUUUUAUCAGUAACAAUUGAUGAAUGGGCCGAAGAAGAAAUUAACGCCAUGGUUGAAGUCGGAGGAAAUAGUUCUGCAAAUUCAAUUUACGAGGCCCAUGUUCCUAAAGGAGUUAAACCUGGCCCAGAUGCUAGCCUUGAGCACCGUACUAAGUUUAUCAGGUCCAAGUAUGAGUUUCAAGAGUUCUUAAAUACUGGUUUGAAGAUAUCAAAUAAUGCUAAAGGUACGCUUCAAGCAAACCCAUCCAAAAAGAUGAGUUUUCGUGCCCCAAGUUCAAGUUCGGUACCAAAACCUGAAUUACCGGAGGGAGCUAUUGGACAUUUAAAGAUUACAAUUCUUCAAGGCGCAAAUCUUGUUGUUUGCGAUAUGCUUUCGAGUGAUCCUUAUGUUGUUGUUUCUCUAGGAGAUCAGACCGCUCAAACUGCCGUUCAAAACAGCAACUUGAAUCCAAUUUGGAAUGAAGAGCUAAUGCUUUCCGUCCCUAAGGAUUAUGGGCCCGUUAAAGUGCAAGUCUAUGAUUAUGAUACAUUCUCGGCUGAUGAUAUAAUGGGAGAAGCAGAAAUCGACAUUCAGCCAAUGAUGACAUCAGUAAUGGCAUACGGUGAUGCUUCAAUGUUUGGGGACAUGCAGAUAGGAAAGUGGCUGAAAUCACAUGACAAUGCGCUCCUAGAAGAUAGCGUGGUAAAUAUAGUUGAUGGAAAGAUAAAACAAGAGGUUUCACUUCAACUGAAGAAUGUACAAUCUGGGAUAAUAUAUCUUGAAGUAGAGUGGAUACCCCCAUAACGUUAGGUGUGUCCGUUGUGUGUGUGUGUGUAUAGUUCUUUUGUUAUUUCAUUCACAUAAUGUUCUCGGUUGUAUGAAUAACCAAAAAGAAUGACACUCGUGCUCAUUAUUUGA